UUCUUCCCAGGGACCCAGCGAGGGAUGGAGGUGUCUGGAGGUUCCUGGUGCAGAAUUCUGUGCCCCAGCCCCAGGGCUGGAUGUGUCCUGGCUCAGGAGGGAGCAGUUUGUCCCCUCACUGCCUGCCGGGGCUGCAGGGAUCAGCACACUGGGGGCUGAAUCCUGGAUCCCAGCUCCACAGAGCGUGCAUCUGUGGGAUUCAGGAUCCUUGGGGUUGUGUCCUGACCCGUCCGUGCUCCCGGCUCCGUGCGGGGCCAGGCCACGCCACGGUUAAGGGCCCGGUCCCACCCGCACGCCCCCGAGGGUGGGAGGCACCCUGACCUCACAGGCACAGAAUGUGCCGAGAAAACGCUUUUUCCCUAAUUGCUGAGAUUUUUGUGGAGGCUUGUGGCGCCCGCGGCGGGAGGGGGUCAGGCUGGGGGGGACACGCCGGGUGUUGUGUAACAUCCCACACCGCCGGAGCACCUCGCCGUGCCGGGGGGGAGAGCGACCCCCCGGUGCCCCCGCAGUGCGUAUUUAGGGGCGCGCGGCCGCGCCGGUGUCCGGCACAUGGCCCGCGGUGGCCCAUGGCACACGCUGCAGUGCCGGGGGUGUCGGCAGCGCCAUGAGGCACAGCCCGGCACGGCGAGAUGUUCACCGUCGCCUACCUGCUCGCCCGGGCGGCUUUUGGGAGCCGGGGGCUGCCGGGGUGGCACAGCCAGGAGUUUGAGAAUGCCGAGGGGGAUGACUACGUGACAGAGCUGUCGGCCCAGGGCUCGCCCGCCCCCCAGCAUGGCCCCGAGGUCUAUGUCCUGCCCCUCACCAAGGUGUCCCUGCCCAUGGCCAAGCAGCCGGGGCGCUCAGUGCAGCUCCUCAAGUCUGCGGACCUGGGGCGGCAGAGCCUGCUGUACCUGAAGGAGAUCGGGCAUGGCUGGUUUGGCAAGGUGUUCCUGGGGGAGGUGAACUCGGGCAUCAGCAGCACCCAGGUGGUGGUGAAGGAGCUGAAGGCGAGUGCCAGUGUGCAGGACCAGAUGCAGUUCCUGGAAGAAGCGCAGCCCUACAGAGCCCUCCAGCACACCAACCUGCUGCAGUGCCUGGCCCAGUGCGCCGAGGUCACCCCGUACCUGCUGGUGAUGGAGUUCUGCCCGCUGGGUGACCUGAAGGGGUACCUGCGGAGCUGCCGGGGGGCUGAGGCCAUGACCCCGGACCUGCUGACCCUGCAGAGGAUGGCGUGCGAGGUGGCCUGCGGCGUCCUGCACCUGCACAGGAACAACUACAUCCACAGCGACCUGGCCCUGCGGAACUGCCUCCUCACCGCUGACCUCACCGUGAAGAUCGGGGACUACGGGCUCUCGCACUGCAAGUACAAAGACGACUACUUCGUGACGGCCGACCAGCUGUGGGUGCCGCUGCGCUGGAUCGCGCCUGAGCUCAUCGAUGAGGUGCACGGCAACCUGCUCGUGGUGGACCAGACCAAGGCCAGCAAUGUCUGGUCGCUGGGUGUCACCAUCUGGGAGCUGUUUGAGCUGGGCAGCCAGCCCUACGACCACUACUCUGACCGCCAAGUGCUGGCCUACGCCAUCAAGGAGCAGCAGCUGAAGCUGCCCAAGCCCCAGCUGAAGCUGUCGCUGUCGGAGCGCUGGUACGAGGUGAUGCAGUUCUGCUGGCUGCAGCCCGAGCAGCGCCCCACGGCCGAGGAGGUGCACCUGCUGCUGUCCUACCUGUGCGCCAAGGGGGCCACGGAGGCGGAGGAGGACUUCGAGAAGCGCUGGAAUUCCAUGAAGCCCAACGGCAGCGCCGGCGGCAGCCACCACGGCCCCGAGCUCUCGUCCUUCCCGCUGCUGGAGCAGUUCUCGGCCGACGGGUUCCCCUCAGACGGCGACGACAUCCUCACCGUCAUGGAGACCAGCCACGGCCUCAACUUCGAGUACAAGUGGGAGCACACCAAGACCGAGCACUUCCAGGCCCCCCUGGGCUCCCUGAGCCCCAGCAGCGCCGCCCGCUACCACGACCUCUAUUACCCGGCCACCACGGCGGGGCUCAGCCUGGGCGUGUCCCCGUCCUGCUACGAGUGCAAGGCGGCCGGCUGCCCCGGGGUGCCGGCGCCCGGCGUGGUGCCCAUCCUGGGCGCGCACAGCCCCUCGCUGGGCAGCGAGUACUACAUCCGCAUCGAGGGCCCCGGCGAGGGCAGCGCCGAGCUGGACUACGCCAUGUGCUCCUACAGCCCGGCGGGCGAGCGGGGCGCCCCGCGGGCCCCGGCCUGCUGGAGAGCACAGGGCGCCCGCGGCGGCGGCACCUACGACUCGGACGGCAGCCCCACCGUGUCCCUGAGCAUGGAGCCGCUGCUGGGCCACGCUCCCGCGGCCGAGGGCUCCUGGGAGUGCGCCGAGUACUACCCGUACCCCUGCCCCGGGCAGGAGCCGAGGGGCUACGAGCCGUCCCCCGGCCGCGGGGCCGAGGGGUACCUGCCGGAGGAGGAGCCCCCCCGGCCGGGCAGCCAGGAGUGGCCCGUCCCCGCCUUCCAGCCCGGGGUCUUUGCCGACCCGCUGGGCGUCUCGCCGUCGGGGAACUGCGCCUACAGCCCGCCGGGGUACGGGGGCGCGGCGGGCCCGAGCGGGGCCCGGCCGGACUGCGUGGCGCUGGAGCUGGGCGAGGACAGCCCCCCCAGCGCCCCCCGCCCGCCCGCUGCCAGCCCCUCGCCUCAGCGCCACCCGUGGGCCUCCAACAGCUCCUCCAACAACAACAUCGGCAGCGGCAGCCCCCGCGAGCCCCCGGGGGCCGGCGACAGCUGGUGCUACCGCCGCAUGAUCACCUUCCGCGGGCUGAUGGCCAAGCCGCUGGGCACGGUGCCCCGCGGGCAGCCCCAGCUCGGGGGGUCCCCGCCGGGACACGACUUCCUCCGCCCGCGGCAGGAUCAGCCCCCCGCCAUGGCCGGCGGCUCCUCCUCCCCGUGCCGCUCGCCCUCCCCGCGGCGGCAGGCCUGGCACGGCCGUGACUCAUCACCCUGCGGCCCCGCGCAGCCCGGCACGCUGGCGGAGAGCCCCGCCGCGCCCCGGGGCCCCGCCGCGGCCCCGCCACCUGCGCCGGGGGCCCCGCGCGAUGCCCACCCCGAGGGGAGCUCGGCCGGGGGCGGCGCUGCCCGCGGCCCGCUGCCCCCCGCCGCCGCGGGGCCGGGGGAGGCCGCCCCGCCCGCGCCUGGCACGGCCGCCCCGAGCCCCGGCGAGCCCGGCGCAGACGGAGCCCAGCCCGCACCGGAGCCCGCCGAGCCGCCCGCGCCCGCCCAGGCCGUGGCCGAGAGCGGCGCCUGUGCCGCCAGCGACGCCGACAGGACGCCGGACAAGACCUUCUCCAGCAGCAGCUUCCCCAGCGUGGACGAGGGCAGCGACGAGGACACGGCCGAGCUGACCUCCGGCGUCUUCACCGACUUCUCCGGGGAAUACACGGAGCGGGCGGAGGCGGCCCCGGCGCUCAGGUCCCUGCAGAAGCAGGUGGGCACGCCGGACUCGCUGGAGUCGCUGGACAUCCCCUCCACGGCCAGCUCCUGCGAGGUGCUCAGCCCCGGCGCCUUCGCGCCCGCCGGCCAAGCCCGCGCCCUCGACAGCGGCUACGACACCGAGAACAACGAGUCCCCCGAGUUCGUCCUUAAGGAGCCCCACGAGCCCCGAGAGCCCGAGGCCUUCAGCCAGCUGGGGAAGCCGCCCCCGGGGCUGCCGGGGGGCGAGGGCGAGCCCGCGGUCCCUGAAACGCGGCUGCCCAGUGCCCCGGGGGCCGAGCCGCCCGGCCUGGCCGAGAAGAGCCCCUACCGCGACUCUGCCUAUUUCUCCGACUGCGACGCCGAGGCCGAGCGCGGCCACAAGGAUGAGGGGGACAGCGAUGGGUCCCGCACCCCGGAGGCAGAGGAGGGUCCCCGCUCCCCUGCGCGGGACACAGGGCGAGGAGAGGACCCGCUGCACCCGCCGGGGGCACCCGGCAGCCCCCCGGCAGCGCCUGGCGUCGUGGUGGUGGUGCCUACGCCGGCGGCGGUGGCUUUGGAGGGGGACUUAGUGGGGACAGAGGCCCGGAGCUCACCGGAGCAGGCGCCUGGCACCGAGCAGAGCCCCGCUGGCACGGGGCUGGUGCCGGGCAGCCCCCCGCGCCCCGACACAGACACCUGUCCCCCAGGCUCUGUGACCCCCAAGACUUUCCUCUUGACCCCCGUGUCACUGAGCCCUGGGGAGCCAUCAGCUGUUGGAGGGACCUGCGUGCCCGAGGGCGUCCCUGGACUUGGGGGAGCCGCAGUGGGGGACAAACAAACUGCGACCCCCGCGCUGGGGCUUGGGGAGCUGGGGCUGCCCCUGGAGGGGACUGGGGCGGGCGAUGCUCCGGGGGGUCCCAGCACGCUGCUCCCGGGGGGUGAAUCACCGCCCCCGGCUGCCCCCGAGCGCCGCGAGGAGCCAGAGGAGGAGGAGGAGGACACGGAAGACAGCGACGAGUCGGAUGAGGAGCUGCGCUGCUACAACAUCCAGGAGCAGAGCGAGGAGAGCGAGGAGGAGCCGGCGGCCGUGCCCAUCGUGGUGGCCGAGAGCCAGAGCGGCCGGAACCUGCGCAGCCUCCUCAAGAUGCCCAGCCUGCUGUCCGAGUCCUUCUGCGAGGACCUGGAGCGCAAGAAGAAGGCCGUCUCCUUCUACGACGAUGUGACCAUCUACCUCUUCGACCAGGAAAGCCCCACGCGGGAGCUGGCUGAGCAGAGCUUCCCAGAGCCCACCCUGCCUUCGGGGCAGCCCCCCUCGCCUUCGGGGCAGCCCCCUGCCAGUGGCAGCCCCCCCAGCCCCACGGACAGGCUCGGAGCCUCCGACGACUCUUCGGACGGCAACGCCUCGGAAGAGAGCGGUGGCUUUGAGUGGGAUGAUGACUUCCCACUGAUGCCAGUGAAGCCAUCCCUGGUGGCCUCGCUGCCGGGGACGCCGGCGGAGCCCCCCGCGGCCGUGCCCGCCCUGGUGCCGGCGCAGAAACAGGUGCUGCCCCUCCAGUUCUCCCGGUUCACGGUCUCACCUGCCCCGGUGUCCCGGUUCUCCAUCACCCACGUCUCCGACUCGGACAUGGACUCCAUAGGAGGCAGCAGCGAAGACGGUGACCGGGAGUGAGCCCGCCGGGACACGGCCGGCAUUGCCCCGGCACCGGGGCGGCGCAGGACGGCGGGGCCGGCGCGGGGGCCGCCCGGGGGCUCCCAGAGCCCUCUCGGCAAUUUUUAGGCAGAUUUUAUCGGAAGGAACUCGUUUGCUGCUUCGAGUGGGAGCGGGGCCGGCGCGGCCCCCGCGGGGCCAGGCGGUGGGUGACGGUGACGGCCGCGCGCGUGUGCGGGUGGCUGUGAGCGUGCGUGUAAAAUAGACACUUAUAUAUAUAUAUAUACAUAUAUAUAUAUAAAUUAUAGCGUUUCAAGGGUAGUGCCCUGACCUUGCUAACAUUUGCAGAGUGUCCUCCCCAGUGAAGUUCCCCCUUGGCUUCUUGCCCACAUGUGCUCCCCGAGGCGGUUUGUCCCCACACCCCCUUCUCCCCUGGGCUGUCCCCUCCCUGUGCCCUGUGCUCAGUCUUGCACCUUAUGGCAGCUUGGCUGUCCCACAGUUGUCCCACAGCGGCCCCACAGCUGGCCCAUGGCUGCCCCACACGACAUUCCUGACCAAGGGGCCACUGGCUGCUGCCACUCUGGAUGCCACUUCCUGUGCCAAGGGUGCCACCAGCUACCCAGAGUGAUCCCCGUGGCUUUGGAGCUCCCCUCCCUUGGUUUGCAGGGAUCAGUCCCAGCUGGGGACCCUGAGCACUGCUGGGACCCUUGCCCAUUGUAGUGGGGAGCAGCACGUGGAGGGCUGGUUGUGAGGGGAAUAUCCCCCACCGGGACCCGCCAACCUAUUUUUGUAUUUAAACAAAAUGAUUAAAAAACCCCAACCCCACCCCAAAAGCGAAACUUGCUGUUGACUGAACCCACAUUGACGCGAUUUUAAGUUAUUGCUGCCAAAGAGACGUAUUGGGGAGGGGGGGGAGGGGGGCGCGCUCGUGGUUCUUUGUUCCGUUUUGGGUUUUUUUGUUUGUUUCUUUGUUUUGUUUCUUUUUAAAUUCAUUCGAGGCUUAGGAUAAUUGUGCAAUUCCAGCUUCCGGAAGGAAAUAGAAGUAAGCGGAGCUGAGCGAAACCUUGAAUUCAGGGCUGGUUCCUUUUGGGGUCUAUAGACCAAACCCUGAGGUGAGAAAUGUCCCCCCUGAGCCCCCGCCCCCGUCCUGGCUCCUGUGCAGGGGGAUGAGGGCACACGGGUGUCCCCGUGCAGGGACACUGCACAGACAGCACCUACGUGGGACGGGCUGGUGCCAGGGGUUCUGCUCCAUGCCACAGGAUGAUCCCGUUCUGGGCUGGACACAGCUCUGGCACCAGGACCCGUGGGAUGAGCCUGUCCCCAUCCCAGCCUGGCACCGCCGUGGGUCCCAGCCUGGUGCUGGCAGAGGUGUCCCCAUACUCACCCCCCUUCUCCCAGCUGCAGCACCCUCGGUGCUCGGGAGGCUGCUGUGGGGGCCAGGGGCUGUUCCCCAGUCCCGGUCACAGCCAGGGCCCUGGGGGACCCCAACUUCAGCCCCAGGGUAGCCCUGCCACCCCAUACCCCUCUACUAAGCAAUUAGUGCUUAUCCAAGUGUUUUAUUUAAGCCCCCACCUGGCCUGUAACCCCCCCACCCCAAUUCUCCCAAGCUUUUUCCUUAUCCUGUACAACAGGGUGGCCACCCCGUGCACUGACCGGGGGUGCAGCACCCAGGGGUGCUGCCCAUGCAGGACUGGGAUGCUCCUGGGAUUCCCUUCCUGCAGCACCCACUCUCCUACACCCUGACUCCCCUCCCCUGCAGCCCCCCAACACCACGGGGGGGUUUGCUCAGCCCCCACCCCACACCCCAGGUUUGGUCUAUGGCGCCGCAGGUCCCGGCUCCGGAGGGCGGAUGAGGACAGAGCUGUGGCUUGGGUAACUUUUUUAAUAGAAAGGCUCUUCUUACAUGGUCUAUUUUCUCAAUACGGGUCAUAAUUGCUGUAUUUUUUAUCAGUGCUGAUUUCCAUACAGCUCCCAGCAUGUGUGUCAAAUCUCAUCGGGCCAAUAAUAAAGUUUUUAAAAUAUCUUAAGCCGUUUCCUGCCCCGAUCAUUGCCCAGCACCCAGGAUGGAGCCAGCUCGGGAGGGCCCCGGCCACGCUCCGGGGCCAGGCAGGAGCCUCUGGCCGGGGAAAACGCUGCAGGAGGGAGGGCUGGGGGAGGUUGAGUUGCUCAUAAAUUAUGUUUUCUCAUAAAAAAUUAUUUCAGGUUACGUCUUACAGGUGCCACCGAGCCAGGAGGUGCAGCGAAGCCCCCGGGGGCUGGCUGGAGCCAGGGUGGCAGCGUGGGGGGCCCGGGGGACAGCCCCUGGCACGGGGGUGGAAGAGGGCACUGCAGUGGCUGAGGGGACCCCAGGCCUGUCCCCACCCCGGGCUGUGACCCCUCUCCCACCCACUGCCCCACCCCAGCAGAACCCUUUCCCUCCCUCCUGCCCCGUCUGGCCCCCACCCAUCUGCUCCAGCCCUGGGAGAGGAAGAGGAGGCACAUGAUGGAGCAGGGAAGCCUCGUGCAGAGCUGGAGCCUGGGCGCUCACAGGAGGAGCUGUGUUCCUGCAGUGGAGCUGGCAAACCCGUCAGAGGGGACACAGGAGAGAUGAGCCACCGGGCUGGGGACACCCUGUGCCUGGCCAAGCACCCCCUGCCCAGCUCUGGGGACCAGGACAUGCUGCACCAGUGAUCAGAAAGUGCAAAAGGAGAAAUACAACGGAAAAAGCGAAAACUCUGUUCGGGUACAACCCCCGUGGGAGACACAGCUCCUGUCUGAAAGCCUCUUCUCCCUGUUUUUGGAGCAAGGAUGUGACCCUGGUCACUCAGGAGCUGCGGGAAGGGCUGCAGGAGCCACCUCGCUCAUGGGCACCCCCAGCAAUAAGCUUAGCAAGUGUGUAUAUAUAUAUUUAUACAUAUUUAU